AUGAAGCAUAUCAAAUGCUCGGGAUCGCCAUACGAAAUCGGCCAACAGCAUGGUCAGGCUGCCAAACCGGAGGUUCAUGGUAGCAUUGCUUUCUAUUCGGCGUUUUUUAAGGAGAGAACCAAGCUCUCAUGGGCCGAAGUACGAGACGUCGCACGAGGAUUCCUGCCCUGGCUCGAAGGCUCAUACCCCGAAUAUAUCGAGGAAAUGAAGGGCGUGGCGGAUGGGGCUGGCUUGGAUGUGGAAUCGAUUGUGGCGCUCAACGUCCGCACCGAAAUUGCGUACGGGAUGCUGAGUGAUGGUUGUACCGCUCUGUCCUGGAAGACGACGGAUGCCAGCUUCCUGGCCCAGAAUUGGGACUGGAAUUUCGAGCAAACACCCAACAUAAUUUGUCUCUCAAUUGAUCAAUCGCCGAAGCCCAAGAUCCACAUGAUGACCGAGGGUGGUCUCAUUGGCAAAAUUGGUCUGAACUCGGCCGGAGUUGGCGUCACCUUGAAUGCCCUCCAAGCACCCGGUGUCUCGUACAACAAGCUCCCGUGCCAUCUGGCACUGAGAACAGUGUUGAACAGCACAUCCAGAGAGGCCGCAGCAGACGCCCUGCGAAAAUCAGGCGUGGCUUCGGCCUGUCACUUGACGAUCGCAGAUACAAAUACAGGCGGUAUUGGAUUUGAAUGCACUGCGGUAGACAUCGUGGAAAUACCCAUGGAACAAAAUGGAACUUGUACUCACUCUAACCACCUCGUCAAGCAGCACAAAGUUGACGAAACAUUGUUUCUCAAGGAUUCUCCGUUCCGAUUGGAUCGUAUCCAGGAAUUGAUGAGAGGCAUCGACACACCCUCGGUUCGAAACCUAAGCGAGAUUCUCCAGGACGAGAAGAACUACCCAACUGCUAUUUGCAGAGCUGUAGGUGAAAAAAGCACGAGUCAAACUCUGUUCUCAAUCGUCAUGGAUUUGAAAGAAGGAUAUGCCAGGGUCAAGAUGGGUCGUCCAACAGAGGGCGGGGAGGUGUUCGAGCUGAGACCGUAA